GAGUUCAAUCACAAGGAAAACGAAAACAUUGCAAAAUUUCAUAAAUCAUGUCUGGUGCGGGGCUUCCUCCGCUUCCACAGCAAUUAAAACAAAUUCAGCAUUACCUGAAGACUGCGACAGAACAUGACAAGAGGGAUCCGGUGGUUUCGUAUUAUUGUAGACUGUAUGCACUACAAAGUGGAAUGGAAAUUGACAAAAAGUCGCCAGAAUGUCGAAUGUUUUAUGUAGCUUUGAUGGAUUAUUUAGAGAAGGUGAAGAAGGAAGUAAACAACGAGGCGAUUCACAAUGAAGUGGUUGGCCAGGCUCACAUGGAAAGCUAUGCCUUGAAGGUCUUCCUCUAUGCUGAUAAUGAAGACAGAGCUUCGAGAUUUAACAAGAAUGUAGUGAAAUCUUUCUACACAGCUGGCAUGCUUUUUGACACCCUUUCUGUCUUUGGGGAGCUCAGUGAAGAUAUUGAAAAGAAUCGCAAAUAUGCCAAGUGGAAAGCAGCAUAUAUUCAUCGAUGUUUAAAGAAUGGGGAAACCCCUGAACCUGGCCCGCUGGGUGGAGAGGACGGGGAAGAGGGGGGCUUUAACUUUGGUGACAGUGGCGUUGAAGCCAGUGGAGGAGCGAUAGGCUUCGAACAACACCAAAAUCCAGGACCGUCAUCUGGUGGUUACAUUCCCCAGACCGGCCCCUAUAUACCAAGCCCCACAGGCAGCAACCACAAUCUGCCCACACCAAACAGUCACAUCCCUGGGGGACCCCCAAUUGGAGCCCAUGCCCCACCCACCACCCCACAGGAGCCCAAUCACGGGGCCAAGGCUCUGCCCUCCCAGCCCUUGCCUGCUGCUACAGCUUGGAAGCCACCAAAACCAACAGGGGGUGUGCAAUUAGGGACCCAGGAGUAUCAAAGAGCCAUGAAACUGUGCAAAUUUGCCAGCAGCGCGUUACAGUACGAGGACGCGAACACUGCCAUAGACAAUCUUACCAAGGCUCUGAAUCUUCUGACAACUGGGAAAGAGACAUAGGGACUGUGAUUUAAUGGUGUCAUUAAAUAAGUUGAUCAAAAACAUGAUCUUGGACAGGUUAAAAUUGUGAUGUUUUGUGUAUUUAUUUUUGUUUUUUUAGUGUGAUGUAUUUUUAUAUAGGUUCUGAGAAAUGAUUCAUGUAUUAAUAAAAUUAAAAACAAAAAUAAAUAAAUAUGUAUUUAUGUA